UUGGAACAUCAUUACUACUGUGAUAAAUUGAAAGGUGACCCACAAAUACUAGAGCUAACACCUCAAAUUCCAACAUUUUGUCGCACCCUUUGCUCUCUUUAACAAACUUGGAAAGUGACGAGGGACCCAAUUUUAAGUUGGCUUGAAACAUCAAAAUGAUCGAUCGGUGGGCUUUGGAAAACCAGUCCCACUUCAGAUUUGACAAAAUUUAAAAAUGGAGAAAAACAAAGAGGAUAUAGGUAGCUUAUAUAACAUAUUUCCCAGUGCUGGAAAGCAUUAUAAUAAUACGCCGUGUGUCGCGGUCAAAAUGGCAGUUUCACCUUUCACCUUUCAGGUUUGGUUUGCGUUCCUUCUUCACUUGCUUCAUCUUAGCCAUCCAUGAGGCCCGCUCUAUGAUCCGAACCGUCGGUUCUCUGGCGGGCAAUUCUUUCGGUUAAAAUGAAGUACUUUGGAUGAACGAGGAAGCGAUGGAUUCCGUUGUUGAAUGGCAGGAGUUGUGGACUGUCGCAUAGCAGCACUUCAAUCGAAGAAAUUUAAAAAAGGGGAAGCGCUCGUAUGCAGAGACUGGCCGGGCGGAAAGAAGAGAGGAGAAGAUGAUUUGAGAUUUGGUGCAGCAAUGCUGGUGCUCUUCAAAGCGUUCAAGGGUUGGUAUUGAGAUGGGAAAUGCGGCGUCCAAUGUGGCUGCCAAGUUUGCUUUUUUCCCGCCGCAGCCUCCUACUUACAGUCUUAAUGGUGAGGGCGCCAAUGCAAGGAUUGUGCUGGGCAGGAUGGGGAGUAUUACCAAGAACAAGAACUACACCAAGAACAAUAGCCAGAAUAAGAACCCCCGCGUUCAUGUUCUGGACACCAAGCGCGGCAACAGCAUUGUGGCCAUGUAUUGGCGUCAUCCUUAUGCCAAGUUUACGCUCCUUUAUUCGCACGGCAAUGCUGCUGAUUUAGGGCAGAUGUAUGAUUUGUUUCUGCAGCUCAGGAAGCAUCUCCGCGUCAAUUUGAUGGGCUAUGAUUACUCUGGAUAUGGAGCUUCUACGGGUAAGGCGACAGAAUACAACACAUAUUCAGACAUUGAAGCAGUGUACCAAUGUUUGGAAACAGAGUAUGGAUUGAAGCAGGAGGAUUUGAUUUUAUAUGGACAGUCUGUUGGUAGUGGACCCACAUUGCACCUGGCAACUCGCUUGCCACAAGUUAAAGCUGUUGUUCUUCAUAGUGCUAUACUCUCAGGCCUUCGUGUACUAUACCCUAUCAAAAUCACCUUCUGGUUUGAUAUCUACAAAAAUAUAGACAAGAUUCGACAUGUGAAAUGUCCCGUCCUUGUCAUUCAUGGAACAGCUGAUAAUGUAGUUGACUGGGCACAUGGAAAGACACUAUGGGAGCUAAGCAAAGAAAGAUAUGAUCCUUUGUGGAUAAAAGGUGGUGGCCACUGCAAUUUGGAGCUGUACCCUGAGUAUAUACAACAUAUGCGAAAAUUUAUCAAAGCAAUGGAGAAUGUAGAGACAGAAACUAAUCAAGAACAUGACCAGCAAAAACAGCAGCGUUCAAAAUGUGUCAUGUGCUUGAAGUGUAGAUAAACACCUGUAGUUUGUUCUCUUCUGAAUCAAAAGAAAGACAAAUUAAAGGAAAAAAAGACAAAUCUGUCCAUUUCUUUUUUUUCUGUCUCAUAAUUGCUAGGACUAGAGGAUUUGUUUCCAAUUUCUAAUACAAGAGAAUAAACCUAUGGCUCAGAUGCAUUCCAUUGUUUAAUUUGGAAUGUGCAAGAUGUAAAAAUGCAUAUAGACAUCACUUGUUUUACAUGAAUUUCACACCUUGAUGGACGGAUGAGUUUUUCUUUCAGAUUCUGUAUGCUUACUAAAUUGUACUAGUAAUUUUGGAAUCCUCAAACGGACGAAUAUAAGUUCUCCAAGAGAAUGAAAUAUUUACA